GUUUACAGAUCCAUAAGCUUCACCGGGACAGCUGACCCCUCUUCGCCGGCCUCCUCCUCCUCCUCCGGCUUCUGGCUACGUGUAAUUCUGGGGGGAAAAUGGCAGAUAGAAAAAAUAAUAAUGUUCCCAGCAGCAACAGUGCGAAUUUACUGUUCAGCGCCGCCCCGGAGUUCAACUUCAGCCUGCCGUUCCUGCCGGUGAGCCAGGCCAGCGGGCCCGCGGUGCUGUCAGGAGAAGAUUCCACUGAUGUUGGAGAAGAAGACAGCUUUCUUGGCCAGACCUCUGCCAAUGCACCAGCCUCCUCCUCAACAUUCAGCUACUUCUCCAGUCCCGCCACCACCUCUGACCCAUUCGCCUCCAUCGGCCAGUCGCCAUGUCCCCCGUCAGCCCUGUCUGCAGCGCACACGGCAAGCGGACCGGUUUCUGCCCCCAACAGCAUCAGCAUGGCUCCAACUCCGCCGCCGCCGGCGUUUACAGGCUCCCAGAUAAACCCCCCUCCCCAGGUGUUCGGCGGUGCCGUUUACCAAAGCCCAGUGGGGCGUCACACUCCUCCCCCGACCACCAUGACGCCGCCGCCUCCCCAGAUGCAGCCGCAGAGUCACAACCCGUACCGUCACACCCCCACCAGCAGCCGGGCCAGCCCCUACAUUCCAGCUCCGGAGAUCCUGCCGCCAGCGCACACGCCCCAGCAGAACCCCUACGCCCUCAGCUCGCCGCCUCAGAUGUUCCCCCCGCCAGGACCGACAUUCUCCACACCUCCUCCGUUACCCCCUCAAGGGCCCCCGGCUGCCGUCUCCAAUGCCGGAGCCGUUGUUCCUGCAGGUCCGAUGAUGCCGUACAACUACAACGUCUACGAACCAGUUCAGCCUCACUGGUUCUACUGCAAGCAAGUGGAGUCCAAGAGCGUCUGGUUUCCUUUGAGCCUCAUUGACUCGCUUCAGCUGGAGGAGACGUACAACUCUGUUCAGCCAGACCCGGAGAACGUGGUCGUACGCACAGACGGAGGGCGCUACGACGUGCAGCUUUAUGACCGCAUCCGCACGGCGGUGUACUGGGAGGAGGAGCCCACCGAGGUCCGGCGCUGCACCUGGUUCUACAAAGGCGAUAAGGACAGCCGCUUCGUUCCGUACUCAGAGGAGUUCAGCGAGAAACUGGAGGCAGAAUAUAAAAAAGCCAUAUCUACCAACCAGUGGCAUCGGAGGCUGGAGUUUCCAUCCGGAGAAACGAUUGUCAUGCACAAUCCAAAGGUCAUAGUUCAGUUUCAGCCGUCCUCCGUGCCGGACGAGUGGGGAACCACUCAGGACGGACAGACCAGGCCGAGGGUGGUGAAGAGAGGCAUCGAUGACGACCACGACGAGGUGCCUGAUGGUGAGCUUCCCACCGUGGAUCAUCUGGUGUUCAUGGUUCACGGCAUCGGCCCCGUUUGCGACCUGAGGUUCAGAAGCAUGAUAGAGUGCGUGGACGACUUCCGCAGCGCGUCUCUGAAGCUGCUGCACAGCCACUUCAAGAAGCCUCUGGACGAACACGCCAUCAGCCGAGUGGAGUUCCUGCCCGUCCAGUGGCACACGGCCCUGCAUGGCGACGCCACGGGGGUGGACAGGAGGAUAAAGAAGAUCACCCUACCCAGCACCGGACGUUUGCGUCACUUUACAAACGAGACUCUGCUAGACGUGCUUUUCUACAACAGUCCAACUUACUGCCAGACCAUCAUGGACACAGUGGCUCAAGAGAUUAACCGGCUUUAUGCGCUCUUUAUGAAGAGGAACCCCGACUACCGAGGAGCAAUAUCAGUGGCCGGACACAGCUUGGGAUCCCUGAUUCUCUUCGACCUGCUUUCCAAUCAGAAAACCGUCUCUGCGGCACCGAUAAUGCCAACCAUGCCUGCUACUAACGGAGACGCCAAACAGAGGACGGCUCCUGCGUCUCAGGCAGAAAAUGCUGCUUCUCCUCCUCCUGCUGUGGAGGAGCCGGCCAAAGAGGACGAGGAGGAGUUUGAGGAUCUCGCUGCUGUGCUGCAGCAUCUGGGCCUCUCUGAGUACAAAAGCACCUUCGAUGAAGAGAAGAUCGACAUCGAGUCGUUCCUCAUGUGCACCAUUGAGGACCUGAAAGAGAUGGGCAUCCCGCUGGGUCCACGGAAGAAGAUAGCCAAGUUUGUGAAAGAACGAGUGAGCAGACAGGCUGCACGACUAGCGGCUCAGCAGAAGAAAGCCGAGCUGAAGGAGGACGGAGGUCAGGCUGCAGCACCCGGAGAUCCCGCCGGUACCGUCGGGACGAAGCCGCCGGUGGGCAGCGCCAUGUCUUCUGUCCACGUCGACUACAACUACUUUGAAGUUGGAACUGGUCAAGUUUCUGUCAUCUACCGCAGUCUGGACUUUGAGCCGGUGAACUUCUUCGCCCUGGGUUCUCCCAUCGGUAUGUUCCUGACGGUCAGAGGGCUGGAGAAGAUCGACGAGACGUACCAGCUGCCCACCUGCAAGGGCUUCUUCAACAUCUACCAUCCGUUGGACCCUGUGGCGUACAGAAUCGAGCCCAUGAUCGUCCCGGACCUGGACCUGAAGCCCGUUUUAAUCCCACAUUACAAAGGAAGGAAGAGGCUUCAUCUCGAGCUGAAGGAGAGUCUCUCCAGGAUGGGCUCCGACCUGAAGCAGGGUUUCAUCAGCUCCCUGAGGAGCGCCUGGCAGACGCUCAACGACUUCGCCCGGGCUCACACCUCCUCCGCCCUGCAGGCCGAGCUGGCCAUGGUGGCCAAUCAGAUCGCUGAAGAGGAGCAGCACGCGCACGACGAGCAUAAAAUCCCUGAGAGUCCUGAGCCCCAAAGAGAAGAGGAGCCGCAGGUGAAAAUCGGGAUGUUGAAUGGAGGCAGUCGGAUCGACUACGUCCUGCAGGAGAAGCCCAUCGAGAGCUUCAACGAGUAUCUGUUCGCCCUGCAGAGUCAUCUCUGCUACUGGCAGUCUGAAGACACGGCGCUCCUGCUUCUCAAGGAGAUCUACAAAACCCUGGGGAUCCACCCUGAGCAGCCGGCUCAUUAACGGCCUCUCCCCUCAGGUUCACGUCGCCAUUUCACGCAGAUUCUGUUUUUUUUUUCUUCUAUUUUUUAUCGAAGUAGUUUAUUGUACUCAGAUGAAUGAUACGUUUGUAUUAUGCCAUUUGUCUUAAAUUAAGAAGCAUGAAUGAAGUUAGUGGAUUCAGAGACACUUGACAAGUUUGAAAUUACGUUUUUAUUGCAAAUAUACAACUGGUCGAGUUGACUGAGAAUAUGCAUCAGACGUAUUAGGAACCGUGAACGCCUGCAACUUAUUUCCUGGACGAAUCUUCCCAAUAAAUCAUUUUCCUGCUC